UCAACUAGUAAAUCUCGGGACAAUUGUUCAUACAUUUUUGUUAAAAGAAACUUGGAAGUUUAUCUUUAAAGACAUCCUUAUUUUAUAAAAGAACAAUAUGUUUAAUUUCUGAAACAUAUGUCAAAUGCAAUUAAAGCAAGUUCACUCGAAUGAGGGAACUAAUGAAAAGCACAAUUCGUAAAUACUUUAAACAGUAAAGACUUAUGAAAAGUAAAUUUGCAUUUAGAAUGUAAAAGUUACAAAGAAAAUGUAAAGGUUCACCGAUUCAUACAUCUUUCUCGAGUAACUCGUUUCUCGCCUUAACAUGGAUACUUUGAGUGUUUGAGAUUUUGUGUAAAUGAAUUGUGACCCUUACUUCGACUAUACAUACUUCUAUUUAUAGAAAACUAAGCAACGUCUACCCUAACGUUAAACUAUUAAACUUCAGCCACGCGUCCUCCUGCAUUUGAAAUGAACCAAGGCCUUUAAACCGUUGUAACCGUCGAAGUCGAAUCACACUUAAAUGAUAAAAAAUGCUCCAAGUCCAUAUCUCUUGACUACUUCGAUUCAUUAGUUUCCAUCGAAGGAUUCUUCCGUUUCGAGCUAUGAAGCUUUUCCAUUAGGAUUCUCUUGUUCUUGAAGACAUUACCCUUAACCUUCAUUUAAACGAAAAAAGAGAGAAUCUCUCUUGUUUUUGAAGACAUUAAAGACUAAGGCUACCUAAAGCCAUUUCAACAAGUUUUUACAGCAAUAAAUGUCUGUGGAACUGGAGAUUAUAACAUAUUUUACCUUGAGCUAAAAUAUGGGAUAACAAAUUGCCCCCAAAAAUGCCUAUUUCGAUUUGAAUGACUCGAAUGAAAUAAGAAUUUGGCAUUUUUCAAAGUACUUUUCUAAACGCCAUCCCUUUAUUUCGAUUUGAUGAUGUCAUGGCAUUUAAGAAGAUAACCGUUUCACUUCUUACAAAACUGUCACGUUCUGCGUCUUUUUGAGUAGUGGGACACGCGUCAGCCUGAGAAGUUGAAUCGGAACAGACAAAAAGCGCUUUUUCAGCAUUUAUCCCUUUUUAAUUAAAUUUUGUCUUAAUCCAAGAUUGCUUAUAAAUAGAACUCUGUCACUUCAGUUGAAACUUUUCCAACUUCUUCAAAAGCUUCUCACGCUCCAGAAAUCCUUCACAAUCUUUCUCCCAAUCUUGAAACAACAAAGAUUCAAAACAAAUCUGAACUCACCGGAUCUCUGAUUACCUUCUUCAGUCCGCAUCUUUCAAGAUCUCAGAUCUACAUCUUUUCUUCCGUUUUCCCAAGAACUCUCAUGGCGUCUUCAUCUAACAAGUUUCAAGUCCCUUUCGCUGGAAAAUGGAGCGAUUUCUCCGUUGCUGAUGAUGGAACGAAGUAUGUUCCAGAACCCAAAGGAAGUAAAGAACAUCGAGAAAUCUGGGAAAGUCAGGUAAUGAUUCCCUUCGCUAUUGAUAAAAAUGUUUAUGCUUUUGGUGGUCCGAUUCCAGAUGAUAUGAACUUGACUAGAGAAGUAGAUGAGAUAUUUCCAUGUCUCGAAACUUGCGAACCUAGAAUCUUUGACAGCAAACCCUAUAACUUUGAAUAUAUGCUGACAAAUUAUAAACCCUUUCGAUCCCAUCCUUAUUACGGAAAUAGCCUUUACCUUACUUGGCUUGAUCGAAUAGAACAAUCUUUUGGCAAAUUCUGGAAAGAUUAUGGAAUCUUUGAGUUAAUACAAUUUUCUAGGAUAGGGCCCAAAUACCAACCUGAAAUGCUCAUUGCUGCGAUGCAUUUCUUUGAAAAAUCUACCAACACCUUUCACUUCAAAAGUGGUAUGAUGACACCCACCCUGUUCGAUGUGUCAGCUAUCACAGGGUUAAGACCCACUGGCAAAACUUACAGCCCUGAUGAUGUUAGUGAUAACAUCACUUUAAACUACAAAGAAAACGCCUUCUCCGCCUUUAUCCUCAAACACUCAGGACCUGAGAAUGAAGAAGUCUCAGAUGAGGAACAUGUGGCCUUUCUCACUCUAUGGCUAUCUCAUUAUGUAUUCUGCUCUCGAUCUCUCCAAGUCGCUAGGAAAUUUAUACCCAUGGCUGUACAAAUACAUGAAGGAUGCCAUUUUGCCUUAGGACGCCUUCUGCUGGCAACCCUGUAUGAGUCGAUUGGGGAAGUUUGUGACAACCUGAAAGGUUUAGUCCCUGCCAAAUCGAAAUCGAAGAAAGCCGCUACAGAUGGAUGCUUUCAAGCUGCUGGGCCAAUGUGGCUAUUACAAUUGUGGUUAAAUGCCACCUUUGAAAAGGAACUUGGUUUGUUCAUUCCCACUGAACAUCAUGCUUCGAUAGCUAAAAGGAAAAUUGAAGGCACCCACUUGAUAAGGCUUCAACCUAAUCCCCUCGAACAAAACUCUCAACAGCUUUUCAUGAAGUACAUGAAAAUUUUCUUAGCCAUUGACCAAUUCAAGCCUGAGCAUGCUCCAUUUGUGAAGAGAACCAUUGGUCCCUCCUGGUUCGUCAAAGAAAUACCAGUGUUGAAUCCUAAUGCUGAGGAGGAAAUAAAUGAAACCUGGACAGCAUACUUAGAUCCUACCAUUCUGUCUAUUCGAAUUGGUACCCUAUCUUCUGAAUAUGCAUUAAUUGGGUAUCAACCGAAUUUGGUCUCUAGACAGUUUGGCUUUUCGCAGCUUCGACCAAAGAGCAUGUAUAUAAGGAAGAAGAACAUCGUGCUUGGGACUACUGUGACUUCCACUUUGUAUGAAAGGUACAUGAAGAUUAGUCGUGAUAACGUUUAUGGCUUCGAGCCAUUUGACUUCAACCUUUCUUACUACUGUACACAAGAGUUUACCACCUGGUGGAGGCGCUAUUUCGACAGCAAACACCUAGGAGAUGCGGUGCUUAUCUCGAGGUUGGAGAGUGGGUUUACUCGACCUCAGAUAAAGAGAAUCGAACAGCAAGUCAAGACUACAGUUACCAAGAAACAAGCUGCAGAAACUGUUAAGACAGUUAAAGAACAAAUAACACCAAAGGCAGUUGAAACGACCGGAGAGCCUUCUAAGGCACGUAAAAGACCAACCAACGUCCCUUCCGCUGAGACUGGCCCAUCGAAGAAGCCAAAACCUAACACAAUAGUCGUUAGUGACGAAGAAGAGGAAGAAGAAGAACAAAGUUUCCAGAGAAAGAGGAGCCAGCCUCCUGUGAUUAUCGAAACAAAUAUCCCAGAAACUACUUCUGAUGAUCUUUCUAAUGAAGAGAAGGAAAAGAAGAUGAAAGAAAAGAAGGAAAAGAAGGAAAGGAAAGCAAAGAGGAAAGAGGAAAAGAAGAAAGAAGGAAAGAAAAGUUCAGAGGAUCGAACCCGGGAUAAGAAACAUAAAAAGUCAAAGUCCUCAAGUGAUCCCUCUGCAACCAACCUCAAAACUCCUUCGAUCUCGAAUGAACAACAAGAGCCUACCCCUGAAGCUGAAGUUCAAGAAGAUUUUGCUAUGCCUGAUGCUACACUCAAUGAACCGGACAACAUGCCCCAACAAGACAUCAAUCCAGAGGACAUUAUGUCGAACAGGUCUAGUGGUGAUACCUUUAAAGAUAGUGAAACCACUAUUUCUGAAAAAAUCAUACCAGAGCCUAUUCAAGACCAACCAGAGCAUCCUAUAUCUGCAGAAACUGAUACUAAGACCUCCCCUUUCAAAGAAUGGAACGAAAAUCCAACAGUCGAGGUCAAUGCUGAUGAAACUUCCUCAGAGGAAGAAGACUUUGAUUCUGAAGCCAUAAAGGAAGCAGAGGCUGGUGGAUCAGAAUUGCUACCUGAAACCUCGACAUCGAAAUUGUCAGCCAGCCUAGGGCUCGCUGAAGAAGAAUUCAUUUCCUUGCAGAUUCACGAUCCUGAGGCUGCUUUGAAACUCCUGAUUUCUAAAACAAGUACUGAUCCUGUGAGUUCGAGUGGACCCAGCAAUUCGACUGCUUCAGACUCAGAGAUCAAUUCCUCUGUUCGACAAGACUCUCUGAUUUCAAAGCUAUAUACUGAUUUCAUCAAUGGAGACAUUUUGGCAUCAGUUGAGGAGCACCCUGCUAAUGCUUUUAAGCAUAAAUCCUUUUUGAACAAGUUGCACAACCCUCAAACUGAUCUCGAAACCUUGGGGAAAGUCAUCCAGCUCGAAUCGAUUUUAGACCAGUUUGCUACUACGGUGCAAAGCCUAAAACGCAAUUCUCAGAAACUUGUUGGUCAACAGGCUGCUUAUGAUGCGUUAUUCGAGAAGGCCAUGGCUGCUCAAUCGAAAGUUGACCAAAUGAAGGCACAAGUUCAGCAACCAGGCCUUGGGAUUCAAGAAUGUACCAACAAUAUUUCUCAGUGGGAGGCAGAGAUAGAGUCUCUUCGAGCCGAGAUUGCUGAUCGAGAGAAAAAGAUUCUCGAAGAGAAAGCAAAGCGCACAAAGAUUGAAGAGGCUGUUGCUGCUACCACUCAAGAAUCUAUCCGCAAAGCUGCGAAGGAAGGUAUUUCUCAUUUCAGUGCUGCCACUGUGAUCAAAGAAGAGAUCAAGUCUCUCGAAGAUGCAAUCAAGAUCCAGACUGUCGAAGUUGGCCUUAUCAAGGACCAUUAUGCUGAUUUCAAAUCCAAGUGUUUGUCUUAGAUUUUCUUUUUAUGUUUUUAAAUUCUCGAACAAUUAUCUGGUUUUAUUUCUCUUUGGUUUGUACCUUUGACAAUUGCCUUUUAUGGCACCUUUACUUCGUUUAUGCCAUUUCAAUUUCGUUUCGAAUAUUUAUUCUGUGCUAAUAUUAACUUCUAAAAGCGUUGGUUUAUAUUUUUUCAAAUACUUACCAUUUAUAUUCAAUGUUCGCUUUUCUGAAGUCAAUUCUUCUAUUUCAUACGCACCAUUCGAAAAUACUUGUAUUAUUUUAAAAGGUCCUUCCCAAUUUGGAGACCAUU